CCGGCUGCGGGCAGCCCGGGCGCCGGCCCCCUCCUCGGGCCAGGGUCGCCGAGAUGGACCCACCCGCGGGCAUCGCCUGCGUCCUGCUCUGCUGCGCGCUCUCCCUGCCCGCCGGCGCCCUGCGGCGCCCCGGGGACAGAGAUCCAAUUCUGAGGAAUAUAGAGGAAUACAACCUUGUCAUACCCACCAGCACAGAUUCAGAGGGCAGGUUCUUAUCCCACUUGGUGUCUGGACCGCCAAAAGCACGCUUCAGGAGGGCUGCAGAGGACUUGCAACAUGAAGCAGCAAACGAGCAAAUAUUUUACAAUGUCACUGUUUUUGGGAAGGAGUUUCACUUCAGGUUGUGGCCAAACUCCAGGCUCGUGGCCCCUGGAGCAACAGUUGAAUGGCAGGAGGACUCUGAGGAGACUCACAUUGAACCUCUCUAUGGAAAUUGCCUCUAUGUUGGGGAUAUCACUGAUGUGCCAAAUGCUUCAGUUGCUAUCAGCAAUUGUGAUGGGCUGGCUGGGAUGAUUCGCACAGACAAGGACGAGUUCUUCAUUGAGCCUCUGGAGAAGGGGGCCCAGGAGGAGGAGGAGGAGGGAGGCAGAACACACGUGGUCUAUCGCAGAGCAGCUGCCAAGAAAGAGCUUCCUACUGAGAAUGUGGAUACCCUGUAUAGAGCAGCAAACCUCACAAAUUUGGACAAUCUCGACAGCGCGUUGGACUUGAUUGAAGGGCAGGUGCUGAGAUCGAGGCAGCGGUCCCGAAGGCACGCGGCAGAUGAUGAUGAUGAUGAUGAUGAUUACAACAUUGAAGUCCUUCUGGGAGUUGAUGACUCAGUUGUUCAAUUCCAUGGGAAAGAACAUGUUCAGAAGUACCUGCUGACCCUGAUGAAUAUUGUUAAUGAAAUUUAUCAUGAUGAGUCCCUGGGUGCUCACAUUAACGUUGUCUUGGUGAGGAUAAUCCUGCUGAGCUAUGGCAAGUCCAUGAGUCUGAUAGAGAUUGGGAACCCUUCACAAAGCCUGGAAAAUGUGUGUCGCUGGGCCUACUUGCAGCAGAAACCUGACACUGGGCAUGCAGAAUACCAUGACCAUGCAAUCUUUCUCACGAGGCAAGAUUUUGGUCCAUCUGGCAUGCAAGGCUAUGCUCCAGUCACUGGCAUGUGUCAUCCUGUCCGAAGCUGCACUCUCAACCAUGAAGAUGGUUUUUCAUCUGCUUUUGUGGUGGCUCAUGAAACUGGACAUGUUUUAGGCAUGGAGCACGACGGGCAAGGGAACAGAUGUGGGGAUGAGGUCCGGCUGGGGAGCAUCAUGGCCCCUCUUGUGCAAGCUGCGUUUCACCGCUUCCACUGGUCCCGCUGCAGCCAGCAGGAGCUGAACCGGUAUCUCCAUUCCUAUGAUUGUCUCCGUGAUGAUCCCUUCGAACACGAUUGGCCUUCCCUUCCCCAGCUGCCAGGAAUUCACUACUCCAUGAAUGAGCAGUGUCGGUUUGAUUUUGGUUUGGGCUACAUGAUGUGCACAGCUUUCCGUACAUUUGAUCCCUGCAAGCAGCUGUGGUGCAGCCACCCUGAGAACCCCUACUUCUGCAAAACAAAGAAAGGGCCCCCGCUGGACGGGACCAUGUGUGCACCAGGGAAGCAUUGCUUUAAGGGUCACUGCAUCUGGCUAACCCCAGACAUCUUGAAGCAGGAUGGCCACUGGGGGGCAUGGAGUAAGUUUGGCUCUUGUUCUCGGACCUGUGGCACCGGGGUGAAGUACAGGACACGGCAGUGUGACAACCCCCAUCCAGCCAAUGGAGGCCGCACGUGCAUGGGGCCAAGCUACGAGUUCCAGCUGUGCAACACUCAGGAGUGUCCUAAGGACCUGGAAGAUUUCAGAGAGGAGCAGUGCAAGCAGUGGGAUCCUUACUUUGAGUACCAGAACACCAAACAUCACUGGCUCCCCUAUGAACACGUUGAUGCUAAGGAAAGGUGCCACCUGUAUUGUGAAUCAAAGGAAACGGGGGAUGUGGUGUACAUGAAGAGGAUGGUGCAUGAUGGGACCCGCUGCUCCUACAAAGACCCUUACAGCAUCUGCGUGCGAGGAGACUGCUUGAAAGUCGGGUGUGACAGGGUCAUAGGUUCCACGAAGCAGGAAGAUAAGUGUGGUGUUUGUGGAGGAGAUAAUUCCCACUGCAAAGUGGUGAAAGGAACAUUUUCAAGAGUGCCAAAGAAACCAGGACACAUUAAGAUGUUUGAAAUUCCUGUUGGUGCGAGACAUUUACUGAUACAGGAAACAGAUGCCACCAGCCAUAAUCUUGCAAUUAAAAAUCGUGAAACGGGGAAAUUCAUUCUAAGUGAAGACAACUACGUCCCAGACUCUAAAGUAUUUAUUGACAUGGGUGUGGAGUGGGAAUAUCGGAAUGAUGAUGAUAGAGAAACCGUGCAGACCAUGGGGCCGCUGCGUAAUGGAAUAGUUAUUCUGGUGAUUCCUCAUGGUGGUGCCAAGAUAUCUUUGACUUACAAGUACAUGAUCCAUGAAGAUUCCUUGAAUGUAGAUAACAAUAAUGUUUUGGAAGAGGACUCGGUAUCAUAUGAAUGGGCUCUGAAAAAGUGGUCCCAAUGUUCAAAACCUUGCGGAGGAGGCUACCAGUUCACAAAAUACGGCUGCCGGAGGAAGUCGGAUCACAAGAUGGUUCAUCGGAGUUACUGUGAGAUGAUCCAGAAGCCAAAGCCCAUUCGGAGGGUGUGCAACCUCCAGGAGUGCUCCCAGCCCAUAUGGGUUACAGGAGAGUGGGAGCCUUGCAGUAGAAGCUGUGGGAAGAUUGGAUAUCAGGUCAGAUCUGUGCGAUGCAUCCAAGCCCUGCAGGACAACACCAACCGCUCCGUGCACACCAAGUACUGCAACAACGACCGCCCAGAAGGCAGGAGGCCGUGCAACAGGGAGCUCUGCCCAGCACAGUGGAGAAUAGGACCCUGGUCACAGUGCUCUGUCAGCUGUGGCAAUGGCACUCAGGACCGCCCGGUCCUGUGCCGGACCAGGGACAAUGCUAUUGGACUUUGUAAAGAAAACAAACCAGAGACUGUAAGGGUUUGCAGACUACCUCCAUGUCCAAGAAACGUUUCUGAUCCUUCAAAGAAAACCUACAUGAUACAGUGGCUGUCAAGACCUGAUCCAGACUACCCCAUCCAGAAAAUAUCUUCAAAAGAUCAUUGCCAAGGAGACAAGUCAAUGUUUUGUCGCAUGAUAGAUUCAGUCCGUUUACUGCUCAAUUCCUGUACAAAGAUAAGCUGUGUGGCAAGUCCUGUAAUCUGCUUAGCAGCAACCUAAUCAGAGGACAACAAUGUUAACCAACCCACCUAAAUAAGAUAUGCCAUUGAGGAGGAGCUCCUGCACAACCUUCACCCCUCCUACGGGAGUCUCCACCACACAGGCUGCCACCAGCCCUCCUCUUCUUCCCAAAACCCCUACACCUCUUUCCAAUGCCACUGAGGAACACCCAGAAAUCAACGCCGUGGAUGUUCCCUAUAAGAUCCACGGGCUGGAUAACGAAGUCCCGCAGCACAACAUCAUAACACGGAGGAGGAUACCUUAUGAAAGGACAAGGAAUCAAAGAAUUCAGGAGCUGAUUGCAGAGAAAAGGAAAAAAGAGACUCUUAGGAAAAUAAACUAAAAAACGGAAAUAUGGCACAAACAACAUUUUUCUCUUAUAGAGAUGUUACCAACAUCAUAGUAUUGCCCAUGUCAGAGAGACUAAAAAUGAGGAGAAAUCAAAGUGGUGCUACGGUGGAGAUGCCAAAUUCUAAAGCCUACUAUAAAUGGAAAUGACAGAUUGUUUCAUCAGUGCUAAUCCAAACACUUUCACGGGCAGGUUUACAGGGUAGAGUAUUAGUGCAAUAUCAUUACAGUGUUUUCACUGAAUCCAAACAAGCCCUAACACCUCAGCCAGGUUAGCAGGUUUUCUUAGUUUAUCGGCUCUUUUAAGUCUCCUAUGCCCUUAUAAACUGCUUGGGAAUAGUUUACACUUAGCAUGGAGGAAAACAGCCCAAGAGAAAUAAAACCCCUUUCAAGGUGGUCAGCCAAUCCUUGAUGCUUCUGGGUGUUGCAUCAACCUGAGCACUAACGCAGCCCUGGUCCAGGAAGGUGCUCACGAUGUGCCAGCCUAAGCUUUGGUAGAGCUGCUCCUCUGGUUACAGCCAGCAUGUGCUUUACAACAGCUUUCUGAAUCAGGGCUGCAUAGAAAUAGAUAGAAAAUUCUGUAGCCAUGUAUUUAUGUGUAAAUUAAAAGCUGGCAAACGUUACUUUACAUAUUUCCAUAAAUAAUUUCAAGAGGAUUCUCCUGAUUUUUUAAUAGAUGCAAGACAUUUAGUGGGGUAGAUCUGGCCAACUUGGACUGACAACAUCUAGUCUUUCUGUUUACAAAUUAUCCAUGUUGUUGAUAAGUUCUAAGGUUUCCGUGUAACGCCAAACAGGCCCAUAAUCUUUGUUGGUGUUUUUUUUAUUGGUCUAAUAAUUUUCUCUACCCAACAUACUGUUUCAGGUGAAGAAUGCACUCAAUUCUUGGUGCUUUUUGGUGGCUUUGGUUAGGAAAAUGUAGGGGUUUUUUUUCCCAUAGGAUAGGGUUAUUUGGAAUGAAAUUUUUGUAUUAUCUUCCCUUUCCUUAGGAGAGUUUUUAAUUGGGUGCAGAAAGUGAAACCAACUGUUUGCUGUGGCCCUGACAAUCGGAUGCAACAAUCCACACACACACAUAGUAACUCCAUGGUACUAGGUCUGCUAACACAACUUUAAACUAUGUAACCUUGACAGCCCUGUUGCAGUACUUCCUUUACCCUCAGGCUCAUCAUGGUUUUCAUAGAUCAUUUUGGAAUUCCUGGUUGGAGAUCAGAAAUUUAUUCAUCUUGGCUCUAGCACCACAGAGUCAGGACUGUGGCUGCUCUUGCUGCGGGUGGCAUCCGAGAAGUUCUUCUCCUGCUUGGACUCUACCAUUUGUUUCCUUCUUGCUGGUAACCUCUGCAGAGGCCAGGGCUUCCCUGAAAUUACUUUUACCACUAGGUAGGUCUGAUGGCUCUAGUUCAGCUUUUCCAGUCUGAGAGUAAGAUUCUUCCUCCAGCCUGAGCUGGUCUUAGUUUCAGCAUGCCAGUAAAAAGCCCAUGGUAGUCACGUAAUUAUUACGCCAUGUGCUCAGUUUCCAGCAAUGUUUAAGGAAUUCUGUGGCCUGGCUGCUGGCAAAGAGCUUCAGAAGUAUUGCAAGGUGACCCUGUGACCCUGUCUUCUGUCCUCACCACCAGCAUGGGAAUGAGCUUCCCAAACAAGCCAGUGCUAAGUAAAAGGAAGCAAGAGGCUGAAGAGCAGUGGCUGCACCCCUGCCAUGAUGAACAUCUGUCCUGAGCUGUGGCCACCAGUGUUUGAAGACAAGAUCUGGCUUUAAGAAAAAUACUUUCUGGAGAUAUUAGCUGAAGGAGAAAAGAACGUUUCAGCUGGUGUGGAGAGCACCAAGAGGCCCUUCUUACACAGGACUGAGGUGAUACCUUUGGUGAGUAUUUUGGAGCUGCUCAGAUAGUACAGAGGUGGAGUUACGUUGAAGACCGUGAAGGCUGGGAAGUGUAGUGGCCUGGUUGAAGUCCAGAGCACUACAAAACAUCUCCCAGACCAAGCAGAUGUGGCUGCAGAUGUGAAAGCAGCAGCCAGCACAAGCAACUCAAUAAUCUGUUCUGGUUUUGAGAAGCAAAAACUAAAGCUUCUGCAGUUUUGGCAGCAUUGAGCAGCAGUUGGCUGGGGCAGUGGCAGGAGUCUCUCCUCAGAUUUUAAACUCAUGAAACACUGAGAGUUUUCCUGCAGACGGGGGUGUUGGCUUUAGCUGCCUACAAGGGGACCCUUUGUUUGCCCCAGCCCAUGGCCUGGUUGCCCUUUCAGAGCCAGUAGCCUGGUGCUGCCCCAUGAGCAUUGUGACGAGGGUCUUGUGGCUGCCAACAGACAGGACAGGUUUUUAGCAGUGGUGCAGGUCAGGACACAUCUGUGCCGAGCAAAGCAGUGUAGUAAUGAGCUCUGGAGGGAAAAGAAACCCACCAUGCUAUUUAUAAGCAAGGAAGACGUGUCUAAAUCAACAUCAUUCAGCUGCCUGUGCCACAGGAGACACAAGAUGUAGCUGGGCUCCUAGCCUGUAGACUCAGUGAGUAUUUCUUGCCUUCCACAUUUCCUUUUGCAUAAGAUGUGGUCAGUGUAAGUCUCUUUUUUUUCCCCUUCACAUUAGUAUUGCUGCUUUUAGCUCUGUGGAUAAUAAAAUAAACCUCAAAGCCUCAGCUAUUUCAUAGCCUAGAAGUGCAUCCAAGCAACAAUAAACUUAGGAAAACCCUCACAAACUCAGGGGGUAGAGGGGGGUUGGGGCUUGAAGCUAUGCAAGUGAGGAAUGGUACCAGUCUUAUUCUCUGGGACUCUGACUUCCAGGAGCCUGAGAUAAAGCACUGAAUAAUUUCUGUGCUUCUUUAGCCUCAGGAAUAGGUUUAGUCAACCAGGAGGAGAUGCUCAGAGCUCAAGUGCUGUCUUACACACAGCCUCUUCUGUCCAAGGGACUUAGAAGUGAUUGCCCCAGUAGCAAGUGGAGCAGGAAUUCAUUUGGUGCAACUUCUAGUGAACUUUCUGCAAAAUAUCCUGAGGAAAGUCCUCUUUCCCAGUGCAGGCACCCCAAUGUCCAAAAAGGUCUUGGUGUGCUGAGGCACUUCCAGCUGUGGUCUCCCAGUGGCUAGGAAUUGCUGUAAGCUGGGCAAGGCCAUUUCCCACAAGGGAUCCUUUGCUAGUGGGUGGCAUGGGCACUCUGGCUGAACAUUUGUUCAAAGGAACUUGACUGCUUUGUUCUUUCUUCAGUCAGUUUGCAAUCAAAAAAACCAAAAGCAUUUUUCUAGAUAAGGUGCAAACUUCUGCUGCAUCUUGGAGCAGGAGCAGCCUCCAGAAGGCUGGUGUGGUGCUACACAAGAUCUGGUGUUCAUUAGGGACCCAAUGCAGUGCUUGGUGGCAUCUGUGUUGAGGAAGGGUUUGCUCCCUUCUCAGUCUCACCUUUUGGGAGAUUUAAUUUAAUUCAUUUCUCAGUGGGUUUAACUCUAUUGAAUAUUUCUCUAGCCAUUAUUUGGGGAGCACUGAAAUGGUAUUUGAAGGAGCAGCUUCAGUUUAAAUUGUUCUGGACAGUGAGAUGCUGUUGGACACAGCCUGGUCCAUCUCCUUAUGGAGCACAGCCAGCUGCUACCUUCUCUUUACAGUCUUGCUGUAUGAGGGGAAAAAACCCAAGCACCUCUUCAGAUGAGAAAAGAUGCCUUCUUUUCAAGCUGGCAUGAGUUCUACAGAAGGUGUUUUUAUUUUUUCUUCCAGCAGUUCCCCAUGAUGGUGAUUUCCUAAGCACAGGUACCUCACUGCUAUUUGAAAACACCAGAGCAGAACUCUAUUCAUAAAGAAAAAGCAGCCCAAGGCAAUUGGUAGGGGUUUUGCUCUCAGCUGAUCUUCAUUUCUUUGCUUUGCAGUGGAAAUUUCACUCAUUUUUUGGCUGCUUCACUUUUGACUACUGUUCCUCUUUUCUACAGUCCUGUAACUGGGCAAGAGCAUCACUGUAAUGUGUCUUCUGUUCCCCAGGUACUGCAUUUUGAAACACACUAAGCAGAAAGUGGUAUUUUAAUAUCACUUAAUCCCCAGAAAAUAAGCAAGCAGAUUUAUAGGUAAAUACAUUCCUGCAGAGACCAGCUCAGAGACCUGAGAGUUAAAGCAAUGUGGUCCCAUCAGGGAUCUAACCAUGCAAAUACACAGCUUUCUAAACUGUCAUUUGUCUGUUGGUCUAAACUUAAAAUCCGAAUGACAGCCCCUCAUGGAAGAAAAAAAACCUAAAAAUAUCCCAAACCAGUCCUGGUUACAUUGGUUCCAUUCUACUGCCAUUUUUUUUCACCAAACAUUCCUUUAAAAACUCUGUAGUCUAUUAUGAAUGCAUCACUUUUUAUAUCAUUUAUCCAUUCAAUAUUUAGAGUCUCACAACAUGUCCAUAGAAUGCUUUCAGAUAUCUUGAGAAUUCUAGAAAUUGGUGCUUUACCAGUCCUCAAAGGGUUUUAUGUUUUAUUUUAUUACAUAAUGCAUUUAAUGUCUUAUUUACUCACCUACAAUGCACAGUAUUAGCCACGUUCAUCUGUAUAUCUAUAUGCAACUUCCA